GGCGCUCAGAGGGCAACCCUAAAAUUGAAUUACUGCCAUCGCUUCUCGGUGCGCAGAGCGCCACCCGUGAAAUAAAUUGUAAGUUCCUUCACGUCAAAUGAUCAUUCAUUUGGCACUUCCGGUUUGACAGAGAAAGAAAAAUCACGCGUGGAAUUGUGCGAUCCAUAAAAUAAUUAAUUUGUGCUUUAAUUUCAUUUUGCAUUUUAUUUAAAAUCAAUUUAGACAGUAAAGUAAAGUAGUAGGAGUUAUUUGUGAGUUAAAUUUAGUGAAAAAUAAAGUUGUGAAGGAGAAAAAUCUUGUGCUUUUAUUUGCGGCACAUUCCCGGAGGAGAACUCCACGUGGCUGCAUUGCAUUCGUGCGUGAUUGCGCCUAUUGCACGUCGUUUGUCCACCACACCUGCCGUUCGUGGCCACCAAUUGAAGACAGCGCUCAUCAAGGACACAAAAAGUUUUGUCCUCCGGCCGGAAGGUCGAGGAUUCUAAUCAUUUGUUUCUGUCUUUCAAGGUUGGUGGGCCACGACAUCAUUCUUAUUGCUUCCUGCUUGCUCUAAUUUGGGAAGAUAUUAAUUAUUACCUGCAUAUCGUUCAAGGUUGGUGGGCCACGACUCCUGCGCUUAUUGCUUCUUACGUGCAUUUCUGAUGGUUUAUUAAUCUUUGCCUGUGUCUCGUUAAAGGUAUGGAAUUGCUUACACAACUGCGUGUACAUUUGGUCCAUCGAUCCUCUUGCUUGGAUCAGCGUGGCGUCAAGAGCUUCUAGUCUUUCUGCUUCAUCCCAGUGCCUACACCGCAAGCGCAAUCAUGUCUCUCGAAAUCCGGGGAGCAAUUUUGACCGGAUUUUCUCGAAUUCAAACCUUCGUCGAUGGCCUCACUGACAUUGACAAACAACUAGCUGACUAUUCUGCAAACUUAGCCAGUCAGUUGGACACAAUGGGGGCACUUAGAAAACAAUAUAUCGACGUCCAGGCAGAAAUCAUCGCUAGCAAAACGCUUGAGCUUCAUCAAACUGCUGAGGUUGCCAGCCUCAAGGAUUUCAUUCAGCGAUGCGACUUGCUUAUGGUCAAAAUCAAAGAUCUUCUUACUGACGCUCCCGGAUAUUCCGCCACAGACGUGAAGCCUCCCUCCAUUGCUUCUGGGGAUUUAACGCAACAGUUUCUUACCUUCAUACAACAAUCCGAAAGUCGCUAUCACACGUCGGAGAUGCAGCAUCAUGAGAACAUGGAAAAGUUCAGCAAUGCAUUGAAAUAUGUUCCGUUGGGUGCCACCAGCGGCUCUGCACUCCCUGUGACAGCAGUCAAGCUUCCUCAAUUGCAUUUGCCUAUAUUUGACAGGAUGUAUGGUUCAUGGCACUCAUCUCAAGCUUCAGCCAAUCCAUCUCCCGGGAAAGCACAAAUUUCACGUGAAUGCAUCAACAAGUUACACGCUGGCCAGCCCCAGCAACAAGCUCUCGUCAACACUGUCAGUACCCAUCUAUAUCGGUACUGUAGGAAGUCACAUCAUCCGUACCACAAGUGCCAGGGCUGGCACAAUGUCCUGCUUCAUGACAAAUCCAGCUCUGUGAAUCAAGGCAUCUCCAGCCAAGCUUCAGCAUCCUCAGACAAUGCUUCAGACGUCCAAGGUUCCACCAGUCCUCCGGAUUCCUCUGCCAAUGUUGCUGUCUGUUCUGCUUCUGAGAUUUACCACUCCUAUCCACCUCCAAGAGUCAUUCUUGCGACGGCUUUGGUGAAUCUUCUAACAGCAACUGGGCAGAUGCGUUCCUACCGCAUACUACUUGACUGUGGAGCUCAAGUUAACGUCAUUGCUUCAUACAUGGCGAAUCAGUCGAAUCUACCGAGACAUCCUGCUUGCUUCUUUGUCAGUGGCCUGCGCGCCACGACUUCUCGCGCUAGAUUCUUUGUGAACGCGACUGUAGUCUCCAGGACUAAUGGCAUCCGCAUCACACUGAAAUGUUUCGUCAUGCCUCAAAUCCCAGGCAUGCUUCCCAACUGCCCUGUAGAUUCCUCCAAGAUGCACAUACCUCAGCAUAUCCCUCUGGCGGAUCCGGAUUGGGCUGUGCAACGCCCUGUAGACAUUAUCAUCUCUGGCAAACAGUUCUGGGAUUGCCUCCUGAAUGAUUCCAUCUUACUGGGACCAGGACUUCCCCUGUUGAAAGCUUCAAUGUUUGGCCAUGUGGUAGUGGGAGAAGAUGAGGUUAUGUCUACCUGUGACUGCAUUGUGUGCACUGCCACAACUCCGGAAACGUCAUUGCAUCAAGUCAGGGAACUCGAGAAUGUGCCUGUACAAGCAUCACAAUUGGAGGAACAGCUUGCAUCACAAUAUCCAUUAGCUUCAUUCGCUUCAGCUCAUCAGUGCAUUGGUGAUGGAAGAUUUCUUAAUCAGCUUCAUUUCCACAACACCUCAUGCAUUCUCGAUGAGUUCAGCAGAUUCAUCCUCCAGGAAAUCUGCGCAUUGGAACGCCCGUUCUACAAAAAUUGUGCCUUGCAAAUUGCUUCUCGCAAGGCCUGCAAUAAAUCGCUUCCAAUGGCUCCUGACACACUUCGGACGUCUCUUCCAGUGGAUGAUAACACUCCACUAGUGGAAUCAGUUCAGCUUCAAAUCAUCCACGCUCUAGAAGAGGGACUUUUUCUGGAUUCCAAAUCAGAUCCAGCGAUUGAUGUGGAAGAGUCUGAGUCGUCACCAUCAACUUCAUUGAUUCAUCAGCCAUUUAUCCCCAAAAAUACAGUCCACUCUCGCUCUUCUCUUGAGUCGACUGACACCAAUGAUGCAUCGGAAUCAGGACAUUUCUUCCGUGUCAGAACUCAAGGGUGCUUCAAGUUACAUCAUUCCCAUCCAGUGGGAAGUUCUCGAAACUGCAGCGAUCAGUGUUCAGCCGGGGAGCAUUCCAGAUCACAAUUGGAAACGGCUGAACUUUCUGUUACUCCUCAGUCAUGCUCGAGGAUUGAGACUCAUGAGGAGUUGCCCAGGAAAUGCUAUCGUCCCAUUCGAAUCAUUGCAUCUCAUUCCCUUGCCGAAUUCGUCUCGCUCGGAACUCAUCAUUCAGCAACAGCAUUUCCCGCAACUUCAAUCAGUUCUGCGUUUGAGGAAGGAGUCUCGUGUGCUCUAUACAAAUCAGCUUCAGCAGCCCCGCUAUUCCAGAGAAGGUUCAUCGGCUUCCAAGGUAUGAAUCUUGUGUUCCAAUCAAUCGAAUGACUGACUGGAUCACACCGGGGAGAAUGUCGGGCGCUCAGAGGGCAACCCUAAAAUUGAAUUACUGCCAUCGCUUCUCGGUGCGCAGAGCGCCACCCGUGAAAUAAAUUGUAAGUUCCUUCACGUCAAAUGAUCAUUCAUUUGGCACUUCCGGUUUGACAGAGAAAGAAAAAUCACGCGUGGAAUUGUGCGAUCCAUAAAAUAAUUAAUUUGUGCUUUAAUUUCAUUUUGCAUUUUAUUUAAAAUCAAUUUAGACAGUAAAGUAAAGUAGUAGGAGUUAUUUGUGAGUUAAAUUUAGUGAAAAAUAAAGUUGUGAAGGAGAAAAA